AUGAUGGCCGAUAAUAACAGGCGUCGUCGCAGCCCGGGCAGCUCAGUGGGUGGCAGACGAACAGAGCGAGACUCGCGCCGAGCACCUUCAGCAACAAUAUACAACGAGCCACAACUAAUGCGCGUUGAGUCUCCACCAACGACCAUGAGACCCAUCGAACGAGGCGUCGAUAAUAUCGCAUACGGCGCGCAUACAACCUACCUUUCCUCGUCCAAUUCCUCGAGCUCGAGCUUUGAACUGGUUGACAUUUCGCGUACAUUCCCCAACCUCCGAGCCGGGAUUAAAACAUUCUUCACUGCGCCCUCGGAGCGCCGAAAAGCGCGAAGACGCCGUAGCAGUCGCCUAUUGAAACUGAACAAUUCAAGCAGCUCUAGCGUCAAUAGCGAUUUGGCUUACGGAAAUGGCUACAUUAAAAGACCAAAGCUUAGGAGGAUCAGGUCGAAGUCGGGGAAGACCAUGGACAGAGACAGUGGGAGAUGGAGCGAUAGGGAAAGAGAAAGGCACAGAAAUAAUGAUGGGAGAAGAUAUAGUGGUUCAGAGCGCCGCGGAUAUGCUAGUGGCUCUGACAGAAAAGGUAAUGGUAGCGGGUCGGAUCGACGUGGUAAUACAGAGGCGGAAAUUUUAGCUGUGGGAGCGGGUUUGGCAAAACUUGCUAGGGAACAAAACAAACACGAUUUAAGAAGCAGGAAUGGAAGUCGUUCUCAGCUUGUUGCUGUGAAGGAAACCAAUAAUCAUUAUGGAGCAGCUGCGUUGGGGGCCGCAGGUGCUGGGGCUCUCUACGGCGCAAGUCGUGGUUUGGCAAGCUCGAAACCAAGUCAUGAAUAUGAUACGUCUGAUGACGAUGGAUGGGAGUCUGCCUCUGAUGAUGAAUCUGACGAUAGUGUUGAUUCGGGGUUGGCUUUCGGAGACGAAGCAGCUGGUGGAUGGUGGGGUAAGGCGAAGCAUCGUCCACUAUCCAGGAAGAGUACCGUUGUCGAUCCUCAACUGUUCGGACCGGAAAACUCUCUCAAGGGACAUGUCGAUAGGCCUGUUGGGUUUGAAGAAGUUGCAUGGUCGUCUUCAAGCGACUUCGGUCAACACUAUCACGCCUAUUCAGAAUCAAUUGUACCCAACGAAAGUGUCAGCGGUUCGCAAGCAUCGCUUAAGCAUGUAUUUCCCGUUCAAUCCUAUGGAAGCCCUAGCAGAUUUGAAGCUGCAAGAGAUUCCGUUGCAUCUGGGUCCCAGCCAUAUAUUUCAUCUAGACCUGGUCCUGCUCCUUUGCAACCCCAGCCAUAUACUCCUGUAUCUCAGAAUCUUUAUGACGGGCCAUUCUCCAACACAUCGGAACCGCCCAAGACAUUGAAGAGAGUCUCUUAUGAGGGGAAGAGCAAUUCUGUUGCCCAAGCUGCCUUGGCAGGUGUUGCCGGCAUGGCUGUAGGAGCUGCGAUUGCUUCAAGCCGCGAUGACGACCGGAAAGACAAGCAAAGGGGGGACGAUCGCAACGUCAUUUCCCGUGUAAGUUCCAAGCGCCGAGACGAUGAUCGUGAUGAUAGGUUUAGUACAAGCUCAAGACGGAGAGAUGAUGAUCAUGAUGAUCGUGAUCGUGAUGAAUAUUCUCGGGUGAGAUCAAAAGGCAAGGACAGUGACAAGGAAAGUAAAGAUGAACGUCGAAGAGACCAGCGUGAUAGCCCUGAUCGCAAUGAACGAAACGACAUGAAGCGGGAGAAAGAGAGGAGAAAAGACGUUUCUCGAUACUCCGACGAUGAGCGCCGCGAGAGAAAACGCGACAAAAGACGUGAUGAUGCCCGAGUGGAAGCCCAACAGGAAAGACGUGAGAAGCGCCGUGAAGAACGUCGCUCUGAUAAUGCCCCUCCCCCGGAAAUCGCCUCUCGCCCAGAAGUUCGCUACGACGAUAGGGGGGCCAGAAGCGAAGCGGCGAUUACUGCCGUCUCUGCAAUUGACCCUGUGAUGUAUCGAGUAGCUGAUAAUGCUUUCCCAACCCCAAAGAUCUCACCACAAGGACAUGGGCGCCACGAUUCUGUUCCCAAAGUUGUCACUGUUGAACGAGAGCCAGAGUUUGUUCGCACUACAACCUCAUCGGCCAAGGAUGCGCCUUCCGACUGCAGAGGUGACUAUUAUAAGGAUACGGGGUAUAAUGGGGCCCAGCAUUACCAUGGAGGCGUUAGCGACCAUGGUCUUCACGAUGCCGAAGCUGCUUACAGAGAUACAAGCCACUCAACCGCACCUAUUGUAGCUGGUGCUAUCGGUGUCGCAGCAGCAGUAGUUGCUGGCGAAGUUCGCCGGGAGUCAAGGUCUGAAAAGCGACGCAGUGAGAGACGACAACGGUCAGAAUACAACGAUACUGUCACUGACUACGAAUCCAAAUCACGCGAUCGGGAGCCUGAGCGCGAUACCGUUCAAGAAGAAGCAGAUAGGGCUUACCGCGAGAUAGUUAUGGCACGAAAGAUAGCAUCUCAAGUUAUUCGCUCACGCUCUGCAUCUCCUGAUGGUUCGGUUGUAGGAAGAUAUAGCCGAAAAGAAGAGGCUGAAGAGAUUCAGAUUGUAACUCCACCUGAAAUGGAACACCAUAAAGAUAAAGGCCCUUAUGAUGCACCCAAUGCGGACUUUCAACCUGACUAUCAAUUUGAUGACCCAAGGCAAUUGCAUGGUUUCAAAGACCAACUAAGCUCCGGAUAUUUGAAGCGAGAUCCCGACGCUACAAAACCCAGGCCACUAUUGAAUCUAGUUCGACCUACACCAGUGCCAUCCCCAUUACCCAAAAAGGGAGUCGACAUACCAGAGCAGUCUCGCUCGGAAUCCUCACGUUCAGAUUCAACCCGCUCUGAAUCGGCCCGCACAGAAUCGACACGCACAGAAUCGACCUACACAGCAUCGACUUACACAGAAUUAAACCGUUCUGAAUCAGGCCGAUCGGGAACAAAUCAUUCAGAUCCCCCUCGAUCAUCCAAAUCCAGAGAUCGCGAUGAUAGGACCCGUACUCCAGUAUCAGAUAAUGGGAAUGGCUCACGGGGUAACGCCAUGUCUUCUCCUGCAACAUCAACCACGUCAAAGGGUGUUACAUGGGGCGAGAAUGAGACGAAGCAUUUUGAUGUCGAGAGCCCUUCCGAUCACCAACGGGAUGAUUACAUGUCCAGCUCUGACGUCCCACUGUACGAAAAGAGCCCAGAACCAAAGCAAAGAUCGGAAGCCAGAUCGGAUUCCAAGCCCUCAAUGGGAUGGGGUGCCAUUGCCGCUGGAGUUAUUGGUGUUGGCGUGGGAGCCGCCGCUGCCUCGAGCGAUUCUUCUUCCAAGAAGUCAAAGUCCAAGGAAAAUGGCAGAGAGAACAGCUCACCAGAUGCUUACGAAUAUCGUGGUGUAAUUGUUGAACCAGAGAGUCCUCCAGCCAAAGGUCGAAGACAAGCCAGCCCCCCAUCACCUGGCCCCAAACCCACAUUUCAACAUCCACAUAUGCCAGGUGGCUUUGGUGACGAUCUUGAAUUCACGGCCCAUGUUGCAGCCGGUUUGAAAGAUACUGGCUUUGACCCAAAUAUCGUUAUCGAUGACCCUUCAUUCCGCAGACGAGACUCUCCGCCAGGAUCUAAUGAACGUCGAGUUUAUCAAACCCCGUAUGUGGAAACUGUCAGUGACUUGACACAAAUUCCAGUAACUGGGGCUAGCACCCCAGGCCCCGGCUUUGUGAUAGGCGAGGUUGCGACCACACCCCAAGAAUGGCGCAGCAUUUCACCCGAGGGCGACAAUUCUACCGACAAACUCAGUGAGAAAGAGCAAAAGAAACGAGACAAGGCCAAGCGACAGAGUACUGAUUCUACUACCUUCAAUGAAGUACCUUUCAAUGAAGAAACUUCAGUAUUCAAGGAGCCAGAGCCAGAUCGGGAUGACUAUUUCAACGAACCAAAAUUGAGCAAAAAGGAACAGGAAAAGCGCGACAAGGAAGCCAAAAGACAUAGCAAUUCAGCUGAAGAUGUCACCCCAACAUCUGAAGUACUUGGGGCCCGCCAGAUCGUCGAUGAACCGGAAAGCUACACUGAGACACCCAAAAAGUCCAAGAAGAAGUCUAAGAGAGAUUCUGGAGCUUUUGAUGACGAUAGAGGUUUAGCGUCUCCCAGUGGUUCAAGUAUUGGCCGAAAAAGCUCAAUUCAUAGUGAACGUUAUGAAUCUCCUCCCCGUUCUGCCGCUACAUCGGAAAUCUCAGAACGAGAACGAUCAUCCAGCAGAAAAAAAGAUAAAUCAAGGAGACAUACUGACAAAUACGACCAAGAACCAUCUACAGUUUCCCUGCCUCCAAGCACGCCCUCUGAGACAAGCCAGGAUAGAGACCUGGACGAUUCAAGAACGUCAAGAAAGUCUUCUUCAAGAGAUAACGUCAAUAAUGACGACGAACCUCGGCGCAAGAAGUCAUCAUCACGUAGUAGCACCAGGGAUAGGGACGACUUUGACGAUUCCAGAUCUGUUGGAUCCGCAGCCUCCGUUCCAGCCGGGGGAGAAGAUUCAGGGAAAAGCAAGAAAAAGGAGAAAGAUAAGAAAGGCGGAUUUUUUGGAUUGUUUGGUUCAAAAUCUGAGGCUGUUACACAGGACGCAAGUCCCAGGGGUUCAAAAGACGACUUUGACGAUGUCAAAUCGAAGAAGAAAAAGAAGCGAAGCUCAGUGCCUGAUGUUUCCAGUCUUUACGGCGACGCGGAUUCUCAGUCUGUUGGCGAUCUCUCUCGUUCAUCAAGCAGACACAGAUCUCACAAAUAUGAUGACGACGAGGGAGCUCGAAGCGACGGUGAACGGAAGAAAAGUCGACCAAGGGGAGAUAGUUCGUCUUCGAAAAGGGAUUCUUUUUUAGGUAAUUCCGGUACCCUUGGCGCGGGUGCCGGACUUGUGGGUGCUGCAGUGGCAAUUGCUGCCCACCAGCAAUUGAAAGCCGACGAAGCCUCUGGGGACGAGUCUCGAAAAGAUCAUUUUGAACGAACUGGAAAAAGACUAACGAGGGACGAUGAACUCGAUCCCGAAAUUACUCAGCGUCACAUCAGACCAUCCAUUGAUCCUCAAUAUGGGGAUUUGCUUCCACUUCCACCUAGUGAACCAGCAACUCCAGAAAAUGAGGACUUCGCCGAGUUUCCAAGUCUGCCAGACAGCCGACCACAUACCCCAGAAGAGAAACGUAUUAUCAAGGACAGAAUGAAGGGGUCUGCCCGAAAACAUAUGCAGGAGACUCCGGCCAAAUCCCCAAGCCAAAGUGCUGUUCCCAUAAACUUCAAAUUGAAGAAAGGCAACAGAUCCACUCCUACAUCGCCAGGCUUCCCUAGGGGAGUAACCCCACCACAAACAUCUCCAGCAACUCCGCCUAGUGAUUCCUACCCGUUUCGCCGACAUUCACGAAGACCCACAUCAUGGGAUAGUGCGAAAGAGUUUCGACCUUUAUAUCUUCCAGAAAGCGUUCGUCGCGAUUCAAUAAUAGUCAUCGAGGAGGAAGAGCAGCAGCCUCUACCAGAAUUGCCCGCCAGCGUAACAUCUUCCCGAAGUUCGUCGCAGGCGAACUUUGAGGGUGCGCUCACAAUGCACGAGCCUUUCCCCGACUUGAGUGGUCGUUCCAAGGUGCCUCUUUCGCUUAAAACAGAUUUCUCCUCAGAAGAGCAUCCUAGAGGGUUACUGGACUCCCAACAAUCAACGCCUAAAGCCAGAAUUCCAUUCCGGGAUGAUGAAAGCGACCCCUUUGGUACCGAGUUUCACAACCGUGAUAUUGUUGGUGGUGCAUUUGCUGGAGCUGCACUUGUAGGAACAGCAGCAUAUCUUGCCUCUUCAAGUCAAGAAGCGCAGGAAGACCUGCCUCCGCCAUUCGAACCCACAAGCAAAGACAGCAGCUCCUUUUUGUUGCAUUCGUCGCCAAUUUCCAGAAGAGAUGAUAGCUCUGUUGACCACAAUACUGAUUCACCUAGUCGUGGGAAAUCACCCAACUUUGAAGACCCCCCGAAAAGUAUUGAGGCCAGUCGAGAACAAGCGCUUAGAUUCCUAACUGGCGAGACACUAACACAGGAUGAACCCGAAGCACCCUUGGCUAAAUCCAAGAAGGGCAAGGAAAAAGAGGAAAAGAAAGGUCAACUUUCACGUUCUUCUACCCAGGAUGAUCUUUCCUUAUCUGAGCCAGUGGUCGAUGCCGACACUGUUGCGGCAAAGCAAGAAUCCGAACUCAUGUCCUUGUUGAAGAAGGACAUGAAAAAAAGGAAAUCAGCAACUUGGGAGAUGGGUGCGCCCGCACCCUCUCCUUCAAAGAUCGAAGAAUUGAUGCCAGAUUCGAGCAAGGAGCUUGUUGAGCAGAUGCCCGAAGUUGUACCUGCCGACGAGGUCUCUACUCCGACCAAGAAGGGGAAGAAAAAGAACAAAAAGAGCAAAUCUACUGCUUCGGAACCUGAGCCAGAGCCAGAGAUUGUUGGAAAGGCCUCACGCGAUGUCCACCCGGAACUUGAUGCGGAUGCCAAUGAAGAGUUUCAUGAUUUUGCGGAAGAGAGCCACCAAACCAUAGAGCUUGAGCAGCCAAAACCCAAAAUCUCUGAAGUCUCGUCUCCUAGUCCCAAAAAGGGAAAGAAGAAGUCCAAAAGAUCCCAAUCAUCGGAUGUCACAGUGGAGCUUCUGCCUUCCACAUCAGAGCUUGAGCCUUCUCUCGAAAAGAACCAAACGGAGAUUUCUGAAACUCCCAAUGUCAUCCAAGACUUCGCUACACCACUAUCCAAAAAGGAAAAGAUAAAUCACGAAGCUCAAACUUUGGAGACAGAGGAAUCACCAGCUGACUUUUUCACUCCCGCUGAGAGUAUGACUGCUCGUAACGGCUCCUCGCAAAGUAAAGAUUACUUCUCUGGGGCAGUAAUUCCUGCCGCUGCGGUGGUUGCUGGUGCCGCUCUUGUCGCCGCAAACCAGGACGAGUCCAAUAUUGAGUCAGAAUCGAAACUGCUGACUCCUGAUGCAUCCAAAAUUGCAGAACAACUUACUCUUGCCAAGCAAUUGCGAGAAGAUUUUUCUUCUGGAAGUAAAAAAUCGAAGAAAGACAAGAAGAAGCGGCAAAGCUUCCCUGCAACGCCAGUUCCUGAACAGUUCAGAUCGCGUGUUGUCGAUGAGCUCUCUGAUGUGCAGAUCCGUGCACGCAGUCUAUCAACAGGGCCAGCUACAGACGGCGACCGAUCGAAGACAGUGUUCUCCGAAGAUCAACUUGAAUUCGCUCGUCAAUUGAAAGCGGAUUUUGAAAAAGGCAGUAGCAAGAAGUCAAACAAAGGCAGGAACAAGCGACAAGACUCUGCAACUUGGGACGAUGACAUCGCCAAUCAACCUGUCGAGGAGCUGCCUAUUGGACAAGACGAACGCAUUCCCGUGCAGGACGUUGGUCAUACCUCCGAAGCGAAUGUGCUCCCAACUGGAUAUGAAGAAAGUCAACUGAAACUUGCGCGUCAAAUGAAAGCAGACUUCGAAAAGGGCAACAAAAAGUCGAAGAAGGACAAGAAAAAGCGGCAAGAAACUUCUACUUGGGAUGAGGAGCCUCCAGUGGCAUCUGUUGAACAGAAUGUACCUGUAUCGGAAGUUUUGCCUGCUCCAGAAGCCACUAAGGAUGUCUCUAAACCUGACGUUGCUCCAAUGGUUUACGACGAAAAUCAGCUCUCUCUCGCUCGACAAAUGCAGGCAGAUUUCACCAAAAAGUCGAAGGACGAAAAGGGCCGCAGCAGAUCUCAGACACCUCAGCCGAAAGAACCAGCGGAAGAUUACUUUGGAAGCUCUUCCCAAAUUGCUGCUUCCGAGGAGCCACAAAUCAACGAAACAACCACUUCCCUUGAACCAGAAUCAGAGUCCAAAGACCCUUCUCAUGAAGGGAUAGUAAGCAGAUAUGAUGCAGACCAGCUUGAACUCGCGCGACAGAUGAAGGAAGAUAUUGCGGCUGCACCUUUAAAGAAGGACAAGAAGAAUAAAAAGGGCAAAAAGCGAGAAAACUUGCUACAAAAUCCAACCGGUGACGACGUGCUUUCUCAAGCACCAAUGACUGACGAGCUGGCCGACCCGCUUAAUGCAGAAGCUUCAAUUUUGCAACCUGAGGCCACCGAAACUUCUUUCACCGCUAAUCCAGAAGAUGAAUUUGCAUCCACAUCCAAGAAAUCGAAGAAAGACAAGAAAGGGAAGAAGCGUGAUACUUCCGAACCUCCCGUAGAUGUGCAAAAGUCUGUGGUCGAUCCACCCGUCGUUGAGCCGGAAAUGCCUGAUACUCUCUUGGCUGUCGAUCUAGUGGAUGGAUCUGCUCCUACCCCGAAGAAAUCCAAGACAGAUAAAAAGGGCAAGAAACGUGAUAGCGUUGUUUCUACCAUUGAUGAUGAAAUAUCCUCGGGCGCUGCUGUUCCGGAAUCCCGAGAGCCAGUUGCUGAAGUUUCGCAAUCUCGGGAGAUGGAUACCGUCACCACACCGGCGGAACCUGAGGACAACUUUGUUAGCUCUUCCGAAGAAUCCAAGAAGGGGAAAACCUAUGGUAGUCUAGUACAACCCAUUGCUGAUGACCCUCCUUCUAUGGUGUCUCAAGAGCCAGUCGAUAUAAAUACCUUGCAGACACAAUCACAGGAGGAGGUUCCUCGCAACCCGGAAGAUGACUUUGCCCUCUCUUCAACAAAUAAAGACAAGAAGCUUGAAAGCAACAUAAUUGUUGAGGGAAAUCUACCUGCAAGCCCUGCUACUGACGAUUCUGAGCUUGUUCGAAGUGUUGAUGUCGGCGAGAUCGUGCAAGAAGCAAUUGAAAUCACAUCGGUUCCCAAGGAUGAUGAUAUCUCGGUUUCUAGCUCAAAAGGUUACAAGGAUGAAAAGAGCAAAAAGCAAGAAAGCAGUGAUUUCCACGACCAACCCCCAGAAGCGCCAGCUCCCGAAGUCGAGAGCGCACGGGAAACUGCUACUAUACAGUCCGACGAGAGCCAGCUUCCAACCGGAUCCGUAAAUGAUUCCGAAUUCUUAGACGAGAAGAUACUCAAAAAGGACGAAAAGGGAAAGGAGGCCGAAGAAGUACCACAAGAGGAGAGCACAUCAUCAUCACCAGAGGAACCCUCGACACCAACCGAGACUUUUUCAUCAAUUCCAUCCCCUGAGCCACUGGGCGAGGCGGCAGAGGUCUCGGGAUAUUCGCCAAUAAAAUCUAAGAAGGAUAAGAAAAAGCGUGGCAGUUUACUCCGCUACUCGUCAACUUAUGAUGAUUUCACAGAUGAGCCUGCUAAGACAUUCGACGUGCAGCCGGAUACAGCUGAGAAUGUGGCAGCCAUUACCCCAUCAGAAGUUGAUGUUGAGGUUGAGGCACCCUCCGAGGUUCAAAAUAACAAGGAAAGGGGUAAGGCAGUGAUUGAAACCUUCACAUCUGAGGAACCUAUGCAGGAUGUUCAGAAAUCGAUUUUCGAAGAACCUUAUACGCCAGAUCUCCCAGCAUCAAGUACAAUUGCAGAUGAUUUGACCCCAGCGCAGCCUGUCACUCUCGAGCAAAAGUCUGAUUUGACCCCAGCAGUCAUCAGUUCCAACGAGCCACUUGCUCAAGCUGCGGAGGAUACUUUUGACGACUUGACCUCCCCUCAAAAUUCCAAGAAAGACGACGAGGAGGGUAAGAGCAAAGAUUCUUCAAAAGAUGUGUCCGCAAGUUUGACUCCUUUGGGAGAGCCAAUGAAUGAAGAAGUCGAGUCAGCUCUCCCCUCUCAAAAUGAGGCGCAGAAAUCUACCUUUGAUGAGCCUCAAUUAGGUACGUCGAUUGAUACAGAAGGCACGGGUGUCUGGGAUGCCUUUACGUCCUCUAAAAAAUCCAAGAAAGACAAAAAGAAGCAGAAGAAACAGUCAUUGGAUUCUGGCGAAACUUCCGGAAUUUCUACUUCUACGGGAACCGGUGAGUCUGCCGAAGACAUUCUGGAGCCCGCCGUACUCCCAGAAGCCGUUCCUGAUAAAGAAACUGCUCCUUCAGAUUUGAAAUUGGACAAGCAGGUUGAAGUGACCGAGAAGUCUAUCACACAGGUACAGGAAGUAGACGAGUUGUCGGCGAAAUCUUCCAAGAAGAACAAGAAGAAGAAGCGCAAGUCUGGAGUCUCUACACCAAUUGAGGAGCCACUCGUCACUGAGGAAAAUGUGUCUGAGCCAAUUGAAACUUCCAAGCCUGUCGACGUGCCUGAACUGCCUUUAACAGAAGAGCCCCUAUCCCUUAAUGAGGAGCCACUUGCCGUGCAGGAUGAGGUUGCAUCUUCGUCUCCAAAGCCAUCCAAGAAGGACAAGAAGGCGAAAAAAUCUAAAUCGGACAUCUCAACGCCUAUCGAGAUCGCAGAGCCUAUUGAAUCGGGGAUCCCGGAAAGUAUCCUUUCAUCAACCAUGGAAGAGCUAAAGAAAACCGAAGAUAUCCCUCCCGCAAGUUUUGAUGACACUCUCAAGGCAUUCAAUAAGGAUGAGAGAAAUAUUAAAGACUCCAUCCCAUUCGAAGGUGUCUCUGAACUUGUAGUCGAGCCUACGCCCAUUACUGAAGAGGUCCCGUCAUUCACAGUGACUGUUUCCGAAGAGCUCUUCGAGGAAUCUCUCCAGAUUGAAGAGCCAAUUCAGGAGACAGCUCACGAGUUGAGUUUUUCCAACAGCAAAAGAUCCGAAGAGGACAAGAAAGAUCGCAAAUCUGAAUUGUCUACUCCUGUCGAGGAGUCCUUGCCUGACUCUGCUAAAGCCUUCGAAUCCCCUGCUGGAGAAAAACUGUCUGUCGAAAGUGAAAAUCCUCUCGCGCAGCCUGUAGACAACCAAUGGGCCGCUGUCUCAACCCAGGAGUCUGAGAAGGACAAAAAUGACGAAACCGUCCUCUCUCCACCCAGCAUGGAAACCUUCGAAAAGCCAGCUAACAGCGAGGAACCUACGGCAAAACUCGAUGAACCUGUUGUCAAAGAAGACGUUCUCCCAAUAUCUGACAACUUAACAGAGCCUGUGGCUACACCUCUAGAAGAGCCAAUUCAAACCCCAAUUGAGGACCAAUUCAACUCCGUCUCGAGCAAGAAAUCAAAGAAAGACAAGAAGAAGAAUCGCAAAUCGGGUUCAUCGACACUGAUGGAAGAUACUCAAUAUUCCCCGGGUCAAGAAGCCUCUGUCCAAGAUCCAGACAUCAAACCCAGUGAAAUUGUUGAAGAACUUCCCAAAACCGACGAGACCCAGACGUCCACCACUGAUGUGGGGUCUCAGCCAGCUAUUGAAGACGAAUUGGCUUUGACCUCUUCCAAGAAAUCCCAAAAAGACAAGAAAGAGAACAAGUCGGGUACUUCGACGCCGCUUGAGGCAGAUCCGAUCGUCCAGAACAGUGAACCCGGAAAACUGGUCCUUGAAGUGCCACAGACUAUUGAAUCUUCUACUCACGAGGUAGUCGAGACGCCGGUGGAAGAUUUGCCUUCAACGCCCCCAAAGAAAUCUAAAAAGAACAAGAAGAAAAACAAAUCUGUCAGUUCCAUCACAACCGAGGUCGAGCCAAUUCCCGAGUCCAGUGUAUCCGAAGAACAGACACGCGAUACUCCAGAAAUUACCACAGAGAUUGCCCAAGAGAUUGCCCCAGAAGUUGUCCCAGAGGUUGUCCCGGAGGUAGCCAAGUCCACUGCCGAAGAGAAAAUCGAAGAAAUAAUCAAUGAACCGGCCUCCAAAAAGUCCAAGAAGAAGAAGAAAAAGAAGUCCGGCAUUUCAACACCUCUUGAUGCAGAAGCUGAGGAAAGUGUGCCUUCAACUCCCAUUGUCGAACAAAGUCCGGAGACGAUGGAUCUAUCUGUCGAUGAGGGGGCUCUCUCUUCUUUCAAGCAGCCCGAAAAGGACAUAGAGAUGAAUGAAUCGGCUCUCCCAACCUCAAUCAGUGACUCUAAUGUCACCCAAGAACCUGAUCUCGUGACGGAAAAGGUUACCACAGCCGCAAUGCAAGAUGUGAUCGAGGAAAGUUCAGACAAGCCACUUGAAGAUUCAGAGCAGCCGAUCGACAACCCCUCAGGUGCAAGCGCACAACCCGAGAUCGAGGAUCCUGCUAAGGAGUUGGCCUCGUCCUCUUCCAAGAAGUCGAAGAAAGACAAAAAGAAACGCAAGUCUCAAAUUUCUGAGGAGCCAAAGGAGAAGGGGAUGCCAGAUAAAGAGCCUGUUAAGACAGAAAUUACCUGUGAGCCUAUACCUGCUGAGGAACCCCCUGCCAAUUUUUCCAUACAGUCCGUAACCGAGAAUGUUGCCAAGCAGGAGAUCGUUGAGUCAAGAACUACAGAAAAUAUAUCUCCUGGGGAUUCUCCACGCGAGCUCGAGGAUGAAGUGGGGCACAGCCAGAAAUCUCAAGAGGGCGAAGGCAAGAUGGUUACGAAGGACGAGGUUCCAGAUAUCGAACAACCGACUUCCACAUCUCGAGUAGUCGAUAAUGAUGUAUGUCUCUCGAAAGAAGAUCCGCAAGUUAUUGAGCAAUCAACCACUUCCACAAAGGGCGAUUUGCCUGCAUUGGAGGAUAUAUUUCCAGUAUAUGAACAGCCGAUAUCCAUAUCUCCCGCAAACGAUAAUGAUUUACCUCUCUCGGAAGAAGAUCCGCCAGUUGUCGAGCAAUCCACAACUUCCGCAAAGGACGAUUUACCUGCCUUGGAGGAUGUGCUUCCAGCUAUCAACCAGCCAGUGCUUCUUGUAAGCGACACGGACAUAGCUACCUCGAAAGAUAUGGUCGAAGCCGGCGACUUAUCUGACCCUGUACCAGAGUCGGUGGAUGAGUUUGCAUCUUUCCCAACCAAGGAUAGCAAGAAGGAUAAGAAAGAUGAUGGCAAGAGCAAAGCUGUAGUGGAAGAAACUACGGCUGAGAAAUCAUACAUGACACCGCCGCCACAGGAAGAUACAUUUGAGGAAGCCAAAGUCUCUGAGCCUUUGGUAUCGCAAAAUCCACAGAAUAUGACUGAAGAGGAAUGGGGAACGCCAGAGAAGGCAAAAAAGGAUAGAAAUGGUGAAGACAAAUACCGAGACAACUUCGAGCCAGACACUCCCAUUCUGCUUGAACAACGACCUGCCACACCUCCUCCUGAAUUCAUCGCAGCGCCUGCUUUAGUGGAAGAAAUUCCGAAAGACAUCGAUGUCGAAGAACCUAAGAAAGAAUUGGAACCUUCUUCCUUGAGCAAUUCCGUGAAAGAGGAAAAGAAGCAGAAAUCUAGUAUUUCAACGCCUCUCGAGGAGGCAAUUGUACUAGAUGAACACAAGUCCAAGGAUAUCGAAUUGGACAUCAUCAAAUCCCAGCCUCUUUACGCCGAACCUGCCGAGGUCGAGUCUAUUGUGGAGAAUAUUCAAGACGUGCCUCGUGGCGACUCUGUCACUGAAGCCAACGACGUUCUCCCGCCAGCCACACCAACUCAAGCGGAUUCUCUGUCUGCCAUUGAACCUUCUACUAUCGACCCCAUGAUUUCUAAAAAUGUCGAAGAUGAAAAAUCUCAAGACAUGUUAGAGACAACUCAGUCCAAGAAAAUUGAAGACGAUGAGUCUACCGUUGGGAGCAUAUCAAGAAAAGCUUUAAAGAAAGAUAAAAGAAAACGGCAAGCGUCCACCACAGAUACAGUCGUAGCAGACGAGAUCAAAGCACCGUUGACAUCUUGGGCCAAUGAUGUGGAAGAAGCGGAAGUAGAAAGAGAAGUUCCUGUUAUCCAGGAGAUUGCAGUUGAUGAAUCGUUGUCUCAUAUUGCAAAAUCUACCGAAGCAUCGCCUGUAGAUGAUUUUGUGUGGCCAAAUAAAAAGGGCAGAAAAUGGAAGAAGCAAAAGUCCGUAGACAUGUCAAGAGCACCAGUUUCAUUUGAUCCUGCAAAAAAUUCGCCAACCAAGGAUAGCAAUACCCCUAUUGUUGCAACCGCGAGUACUGUUCUUGCGGGAGCUGCGUUAAUUGAGAAGUUGAAUGAGAAGGAGGUCGAGCCCGCCAAGGAGCCAGAAACACCGACAACACCAACCAGGAAGUUGACGAAGAAGGAGAAGCGUAAUAUGAGCAUUGACAGACGGGUCCCAAGUACCCAUAUGUUUGAUGACGAUGCUUUAUGGGAGGGUGCGGACCCAAAGAACUUCGAGGAAAAGGAUACACAGGAAGCCGACAACGGGAAUGAUGGCUUUUGGUCUCCUGCACAGCAAGUGGAACCAAGCCUUACUGCAGAGACUACAUUUGAGGAGACAACAUCUAGAGACCACACAACGCCAUCCGAAGACGGGCAAACUAGUAUUGCUUCCACACCGCCAAUUGAAAAGCCAUUUUCGCGACCAAGUGAUAUAUCGUUGGCCAGGACAAUAGCGCAUGACUCGGCACCACAGACUCCAGAUUCUGCAUCUAGUCCACGUUCAUCAAUAAUUGAUCUGGCUCUAGGUGGACUAAACCCCUUCCGCAGAUCUCGACUCAGCGGGAUGUUCGAUUUGCCCGCAGUCGAGGAAGAAAACAUCCUCGAAUCAGAACAUCACCCAGCACCACAUAUUGUAGAUUCGCAAAGUGCCAAUCGAGACAGUGGUUUUGUAACGACUUCGCCAGUUCCAUUGCAGGGCUCUUUUGCCGAUGACCAUGGGCGCAUUCGUGACAGCGGUGUUCACAUGCGCGAUUUCUCGCCAGCACCGGAACCUGUCUCUACUUCAGAUGCAGCAAUCUCAAGACUUCCAUGGCCAGAGGUAGAUGAAGAAACCGAGACCGUUGAUCUCAAAUCGCAAAAGCAGAGACCAGUGACUCCAGUCAAGGAAAAACGAGACGACGAAGCACGUCGAAGUCGUGAAUUCUAUGUUCCAAAAGAAGAGCAGAAACACGACAGCGAGAAGAAACACCGUGAAGACAAGUCUCACCGGGAGCAAGAAUUUGUUAUUCCAAAAGAAGAUAACGUUAAGAGUAUCUUCUCAUCGGGGCCAUCUGAUGGAAAGCGAACAGUGCAUCAUGACGAGAGGCCCAGGUCCAGCUUGGAUAUUCUUCCAUCACAGAUGGAAAGGGAGAGUACACGUACAGACCUCCAUCGUACUUCGGCAAUUCACAAGCACGGACAUGGUAGCACGGAACUCCACCAUGACGAGAAGCGCACAAAGGUUGAGCUUCUACCAUCCAAACUAGCCAAGGGAGAUAGUGAAGAGCAUCGUUCUUCUGCAUUUAGUCGGGCAAUUGAAGUUACGCCGACGCCCAGCUUGCGACAUGGAGAUCAGCUCAUUGGUCGAGAUAUUACUCCAACAAAAUCGGACAAGGGAGAUGAAUCGCAUGCCUCGAAACGAAGUACCCCAGGCAGUAGUAGGAAUACAGCCGAGGAGAGCAUUAUCCAGCAACGCCUUGGAAGAUUCGACACCCCAGAACUACCCUCGCCAUCACGGUCCAAAGGAGAUCGGCAAAUAGUGAAGCAACAACGCAGUCAAUCUCCGGAAGUCCCUGUAUCAUCGCAACCAAAGAAGCAAGAGAGCUACGCGGAACUCAGGCAUCUCGCUCGUCCCAAGGCCGAGCAGGAACGAACUGUUAGUGACAAUACAAUUGCCGCGGGUGUUGCAGUUGUCGGAGCUGCCGGGAUCGGGUUCGCAGCAGCACGACAAUUGAGUCAAGAAAAACGAUCGUCGAGUGCUGCGAGUCAAAAGUCCAUCUCCAAUAUCAAUCGAUUGCGAACACCAAACCGGUCGGACAGUGUCAACAGUAGCAGCAAUCGCUCCGGUACGCCCCCGCUACGGCGGUCGGAUCGCAAAGUGGCCGGGGAUCUGCGGUCCCUGAGCCAACGAAGUCAGGCGGAUCUCGCUAAAGAAGCUGAGCUCGCAGCGCUCACCUCCACUUCGCCAGCGAAUGCGACAAACACCACAACUCCAGCAAAUCCAACCGCCAACGAGGGCCGAGUGCGGGCCAAGGAAAUGGCAGAUGUCUACGUAAGUGCAUCACAACAUACAUUGACAUUGUUUUCACAGCUAACGGAUGAACAGGAUGGCGUCGGUGAAGGUCGCAUGGGCUCACCGCGGUCUCCCACCCGACCCCACAGCAUGCGUCGCCGACAAAGCAUGCAAGUGCUUGACCUCGAAUCCAAAGUCGAACAAUUAGCUGCCGAAAAUCGCAUGCUCGCAGAAGCUAAAGCCCAAGCCGAACGUACACUGCAGUCCUCCACGAAUACUGCCUCAUCUUUGGUCGAAAAAGACGCAGAAAUCGAUAGUCUCAAGCGAACACUCGAUUGGUUGACAAAUGAGGUUAGCAGACUUACUGAAGUCAAUGCGGGAUUGACAAGUGCGAACGUUACAAUUGGAAACCAACAGAAUGAACGAUAUAGCCAACUCGAAUCGCAACAUGCGCAAACCUCACGGGAGCUUCAAGAAGUACGGGAUGCGCACAAAGGGUUGUCAGAUGGGAUGGAGGCUAUCGUGAUCACUCAAGUUAAAUCAGCUGUCCAAGAGAAAGAUCAAGAGAUUGCGAACCUCCGCGCCGAAUUGGAGGAAACCAAAAAUAAGAUUCGGGAGAUGCAAGCGAAGAUUCUUCUGUCAAAAUCUGGUGACAUCGACUUUCUCACAGUUCGGGAUGAGGACUACUUUGAAAGCACUUGCGAAAAGCUAUGUCUACAUGUGCAACAAUGGGUUCUACGGUUCUCAAAGUUCUCCGAUAUGAGAGCCUGUAGGCUCACGACCGAAAUCAAUAAUGACAAAACUAUCGAUCGACUCGAUAACGCAAUAUUGGAUGGAUCAGAUGUGGAUAGCUAUCUUACAGAUAGGGUGAAGCGAAGAGAUGUCUUUAUGUCAAUGACAAUGACAAUGGUCUGGGAGUUUAUAUUCACUCGAUAUCUCUUUGGUAUGGACCGGGAGCAACGACAAAAGCUCAAGUCAUUGGAGAAACUUCUUUCGGAGGUUGGACCUGCAGCAGCAGUCCACCAAUGGCGUGCAACGACUCUCACACUAUUGUCCAAAAGGGAAUCUUUUAUUCAACAAAGGGGACAAGAUACCCAGGCAGUCGUUCACGCUAUCCUGGAAACCUUGAGCGAGAUCCUUCCACCGCCAAGUCACCUCGAAGCCCAAAUUGAGGAACAACUUACAAGAGUUAUCAAAUCAGCCGUGGAUCUCUCUAUCGAGAUGCGCACACAACGUGCGGAAUAUAUGAUGUUGCCACCUCUUCAACCAGAGUACGAUGCCAAUGGCGACCUGGCCAGUAAGGUUUCCUUCAAUGCAGCUCUCAUGAAUGAGCGAAGUGGGGAUACCAUCUCCAACGACACGCUUGAAAAGGAACAGGCUGUCGUGCGAGUUGUACUCUUCCCACUUGUCGUGAAGAAGGGCGAUGACAGAGGAGAGGGUGAUGAGGAGAUUGUUGUUUGUCCUGCUCAGUAAGCUUUAGUUUUUUUAUUCCUUUUUCUUAUAGCUAUAUUCUAACUUAUUCUAGGGUAUUGGUAGCUAAAGCCAAGCGAGUCAGGAUGAUGUCCCCUGGUAGAAAUAUUUCGAAGACUAGUAUGCAGAGUAGUAUGCCAGCGGACUACAAUGAUCAGGAUGAGGAAGAGCAGCUAUGAUAAUAGAGAUUGAGUGCGUUUUACUGUUUCUAUGGAGGGGAGAGCAAAUGAUAUCCUUUUGCGUUUCAUUUCUUAAUUUUGUUUAGGGUGUUUUCAUUUUUCCCCUUUGUAUGUUGUAGGAAUGGGAAUGGGGAUAGGGGAUGGGGGAUGGGGGAUGGGGUAGGUGGCGGUGAUGAAGGGAUUGCAUAUGGAUUGAAUAAGGAUUGCAUAGGGAUCUGGCGUUGGAAAUAUCCUGAGGUGGUGCACACCUUAUUCACGUAAUGAUGAGAUGACGACCUUAAUUAUUGAAGGAUGGUUGGCAGCUGUACGCAGUAUUAUAUAGGUUCUAAUUUCCUUGAGUUAAUUAAAAGCGUUGAUCA